AGUAACGGCUCCGUCUGGAAUUCGAAAGAGAGCAAGAACGCAUCAGACUGGAAGAGUAAUAACGAAAAAGAAAGGAAGAAGAGGAAAAACAACGCAAAGCCGAAGAGGCAAAGAACGAAAUAAAAAGAUUGAAGAAAUUGGGCAUUUACGUCAAGAAGAAAGACCAGGAGAAACUGGAAAGACAGAGACAGCAAUUGUAACAAAACAAGCAACAGGCCGAAAAGUAGCAGAAAGAGGAAGACGAAGGCGAGGAACCAACCGAAGAGGAAAUACAACAGAUGAUCGAACACAAGCAGAAGAAGGAAAAAGAGGAGUCGAAAUUGCUGAGAAACGAUCACGCCUUCUUCGUGAGGAAGCCAGGAGAGUUCAGAAGUCCUGUCUGCUGCAUUCUGGGCCAUGUGGACACAGGCAAGACCACCCUCCUCGACAAGAUCAGGCACACCAACGUCCAGGAGGGCGAGGCCGGCGGAAUCACCCAGCAGAUCGGCGCCACCUUCUUCCCCCAGGAAAAACUCAUCGAGGAGGUCAACAAGUGCAAGAGCUUCUACGAGGUCGACGUCAACGUGCCGGGACUGCUGAUCAUCGACACCCCAGGCCACGAGAGCUUCAGCAAUUUGAGAUCGAGAGGGUCCAGUCUCUGCGAUAUCGCCAUCUUGGUCAUCGAUUUGCAGCAUGGCCUAGAGAACCAAACCUUGGAAUCGCUGGAGUUGCUUUCCAAAAGGAACACUCCAUUCGUGGUUGCGCUCAACAAGAUCGAUAGGUCAUACGACUGGAAGGCAAACAAGGACGGAUCAUCCUAUCUUACUCUCAAGCAGCAAUCAAGAGGCCUGCAUGACUACGACGACAAGUUCAGAAAGAUCAUCCUCUAGCUAAACACCAAGGGAUACAAUGCCGCCCUCUACUGGUAGAACGAGGACCCUUCAUAAUACAUCAGUCUAGUUCCAACAUCAGGCAUCACGGGCGAGGGCAUUCCGGAUCUGCUUUCAGUGAUCGUCAAAUACUCCACCACUCUUCCCAACAUCAGCAAGAGGAUAAAGGUGAAAGAGAACGUCUUCAGGUGCACAGUGAUGGAGGUGAAGAUGAUCGAAGGACACGGAACCACCAUCGAUUGCAUGCUCGUCGAUGGAAAGAUCAAAAAAGAUGACCAGAUUGUACUGCUCGGCUUUGAAGGACCCAUCGUGACCAAAGUCAAAGCUCUACUGACGCCGCAUCCCAUGAAGGAAAUGAGAAUCAAGGAUUAGUACAUGCAUCAUAGGGAACUUUGGGGCGCUAAUGGUGUCAAAAUCUCAGCUCCAGGCCUCGAUAACGCAGUAGCAGGCACUCCUCUCAUCGUCGCCAACACAGAAGAUGAAGUCAAUGACGCCAAAGCCAUCGUUCUCAACGAGUUCUAAAACGUAAAGAAGAAAAUCAAGCUGGAAAACCUUGGAGUCGGUGUGGCUGCAUCCACCCUGGGCUCUCUGGAAGCCCUGCUUGAAUACCUAGCAAAGGAAAAAGUUCCAGUUUCCUACGUGACAGUCGGUCCAGUCUCCAAGGAAGAUGUAAUGAAAGCCAUGAAGUCAAUGCUUUCCUAGAUCCCCGAACGAAGGAAAAAAGAGUAAGAGUAAAUCGAUAUAUAUGGCUGCUUGUUGGUCUUCGACGUGAAGGUGCUGCAGGACGCUCAGAAAUACGCAUAGGAAAACGAUAUCAAGGUCUUCACCGCCAAUAUCAUCUACCAUCUCACCGAUUUCUUCACGAAGUACGUGAAUGAGGUCAGAGAGGAACGCAAGAUCAAGGAAGGAAAAGAAGCUGUCUUCCCCUGCGUACUCAAGUGCGUCCAAAUCUUCAGAAAGAACGAUCCCAUCGUCAUCGGAGUAGACGUCGAGAACGGAGUCCUGAAAAUCGGCACUCCUUUGGUGGUCUAUCGCGAGAGGGACCCCAAGGACAAGAAUAGCCAAGUCGACCGGGUCAAGAUCGGCGUGGUUGAAUCCAUCGAGCACAACCACAAGAAGCUGAAGGAGGCGAGGAAGACAACCGGCAGCGUUGCCAUUUCAAUCGGAGGAGACCCCACCAUGCAGGCCGGCAAGCAGUUCUAAGUCGGCGCCAAACUGGUCUCGCUAAUCUCCAGACGGUCAAUCGACUGUCUCAAGGAGCAUUACCGGGAGGAGGUGACCAAGGACUAG